GUUCACAGAUUAGCAUCCAUUGCAAUUUCUCAAAAGGGAAAACUAAACUCAGUUGCUUCUUAAUGCCUUGUGGAAGUUAAACAGCUAUUUUGAAGAUUAGACUUAAAGGUUUAUGAUAGAUCUGUGAGAGGAUUUUUCAUCAAACAAUGUCUUUGGUUCCGGUAACGCCCUAUACAUAUACACCCCUGAAUCUACUUAAGGAAGGUACAAUUGCCAAUGUCUAUGGUGUUGUGAAAUUCUUUAAGCCUCCAUAUGUCAGCAAAGGAACUGAUUACUGCUCAGUUGUAACAAUUGUGGACCAGACAAAUGUGAAGUUAACAUGCAUGCUCUUUAGUGGAAACUAUGAAGCCCUUCCGAUCAUUUAUAAAGUUGGAGACAUUGUUCGCUUCCACAGGCUGAAGAUCCAAGUGUAUAAAAGCGAGCUUCAGGGAAUCAACACCUCUGGCUUCGCAUCUUUGACAUUUGAAGGAACUUUAGGGAUGCCUGUCACAGCACGUACCUCAAGCAAAGGUUUUAGCUUCACUCCUCAGGACCAAAAGAUGGUAGAAGCUCUGCGGGCUUGGGCAUCCAAGCACAUGUCAGCCUCUUCAACCUUAGUGCAGCUGUGCGAUGCUCAGCCCAUGCAGUAUUAUGACCUGACCUGUCAGCUGCUGGGUAAGGCGCAAGUGGAUGGGCAAGCAUUUCUUCUGAAGGUAUGGGAUGGAACCAGGACUAUGUUUCCCUCUUGGAGAGUCUCCACACAAGGUCUUUCUUUUGAAGGGGACUUGAGUCAUAUUCUGCGGCUCCAGAGUCUGGUGAUAGACAUUCUAGUCUACGAUAACCAUGUUCAAGUGGCAAAAUCCCUCAAGGUUGGAAGCUUUCUUAGAAUCUAUAGCCUCCAUACCAAACUUCAGUCUGUUAGUUCAGAAGCCAGCAGUUCACCAUUAAGGCUGGAGUUCCAUCUCCACGGAGGGACCAGUUAUGGUCGGGGCAUCAGGGUUUUACCAGAUACAAGCUCUUGUGUGGAUCAGCUGAAAAAAGAUUUAGAAUGUGCAGAUGCAGCAGUCACUCGGACCUCAAAUGAUAUCUGUCAGUCACAAAAUGAGGACAACUUUGCACUUUCAAGCUCACUAUCACUGUAUGAGGAAGAACGAUGUCAGCAAGUCUCUGCUACAAUACUUACAGAUCACCAGUAUUUAGAGAAAACACCAUUGUGUGCCAUUUUGAAGCAAAAAGCUCCUCAACAAUAUAGAAUCCGUGCCAAACUGAGAUCAUAUUUGCCCAGAAGACUUUUCCAGUCUGUUAAACUUCUUUGUCCUAAAUGUCAUUCAUUGCAAGAAGUUCCACAUGAGGAUAAUUUGGAUAAAAUUUUGCAAGAUGCUGCAACUGAAGCUCCAAACAUCAAGCUGAAAGAUAAAUCAUUUUAUGAUUCAAAAGUCUGGACCACUGAAGGCCAGGGAGGACGGCAGGUCGCUGUUCAUUUUGUGAAAAAUGAUAACAUUCUCCCACUUUCAAGUGAAUGUCUAAUUUUGAUAGAAGGAGGAAGGCUCUGUGAAAUUGCUAAACUGUCCAGCAAGUUCCACAGUUUGAUCCCUGUGAGGUCCGGCCCUGAGGAUCUGGAGCUCCUCGACCUGUCAGCCCCAUUCCUCAUACAGGGAAAGGUGCAUCACUAUGGAUGUAAACAGUGUUCAAGCUUGAAACCUAUACAAAACCUAAAUUCCCUUCUUAAUAAAGGACCAUGGAUUCCUUCCUCUGUGGCAGAAGUCCUGGGCAUUGUGCCGCUGCAGUAUGUGUUUGUUAUGAUUUUCACUCUGGAUGACGGAACAGGAGUAUUGGACGCUUACCUCAAGGAUUCUGAAAACUUUUUCAAGAUCCCAGCAUCGGAAAUCUUAACUGAUGACAACCUUCAGAGGAGUCUGGAAACAAUCAUGGAUAUGAUGUGUACCCCAGGAAUAAAAGUUGAUGCAUACCCAUGGCUAGAGUGCCUCAUCAAGUCCUACAAUGUCACUGUCGGAACAGAGCAGCGAAUUUGCUACCAGAUUUUUGACACCACAGUUGCUGAAGAUGUUGUAUAAUGCUACUGUUCAGUGCAGUGCGUAUGGGAUUUUAUAGUUUUAGAAAAUGUCAUGACUCUCUGAGCUUCUCAGAAGACACUUUGCUAUUGUUAAAAAGUAUUAUAUCCAUUUUCACUAUUUCAUCAUUUAUACAGAAAAAUAUUUUAUUGUUAUUUAUGCUGUCUUGCGAACAUGUCAAAAAUUACUUGUUGCUUAUCAUGUCCUGGGCUGUACAAAAUGAGGCAGCACUGACGGGGAGAGACCAGGCUUUCUUGGCUCUUGUUUAUAAAACACUUGGAGCUAACACUUCUGUGCUGUUUGAUGUUUUUAUGUACAGAAGAAUCCACUUAGCAACUUCUGAAAGAAUUCUCUCUCUGCUUCCACACCUGAGUCUCAGGUUAACUGAGUGCUGGUUGAACAAAUGCUAGUCUUGGUGAGCCUGAGUGUACUAAAAGGAGGCUUUGCUUUCAGAAGACAUGACAGAAUGUUAUGUCUGGAUGCUCAUUUUAGAGUAAAUGUAUCUCUUUGAAGCAAAGAGUAUGUUUGACUUUCUACUUCUCUCUGGAUUACUAGACGUUAUUUCAUUCCAUACCAGCUAAUAAAGUGA